AAAUUGUCUCUGACGUCUUGUGAUCACAAGACUUCUUCGUUUUGAGUUUUCUGUCAAGGUAAAAAUUGGGCGAAAAAAGGCCUUCCCUUUCGGGAUUAGGUAGUAAAACAAGUCCAAUUUGUUCAAUAAAUAUCUCAAGAUGAGAUACUUCCUAUCCUACUUGUUCGUGCUGCUCGUCGGGCUCGCUGUUCCUAUAUUCUCGCUCUACUAUCUACUCAAUGGAAAGGGUGAGCAGAUUAGCUUUGGAUGGUUCCUGGAGAAUACUUCGCCCUACAUGUGGGGUACGUUGGGAAUCGCCUUAGCCGUCGCUUUAUCAGUAGUCGGCGCAGCGAUGGGUAUACACACGACCGGAGUGAGCAUAGUUGGCGGUGGUGUCAAAGCUCCAAGAAUCAAGACCAAGAAUUUGAUCUCCGUCAUCUUCUGCGAGGCCGUUGCCAUUUAUGGGUUGAUCACCGCCAUUGUAUUGUCUGGUAUGCUGGAGAAAUAUACAGAGCCCUUGGUUGACAUUACUAUCAGGCAACAGAAUUGGAUGGCUGGAUAUGUGAUGUUUGGUGCCGGACUGGCAGUGGGCCUGGUCAACUUAUUCUGUGGUAUUGCCGUCGGAAUCGUGGGGUCCGGUGCGGCUCUUGCUGAUGCAGCGAACGCUGCAUUGUUCGUCAAGAUUCUAAUUGUAGAAAUUUUCGGAUCAGCCAUUGGUCUUUUUGGUCUCAUUGUUGGUAUAUACAUGACAUCAAAAGUCAAAAUGGGCAACCAGUAACUUAAGAUGGAGUAUAUACUUGAAUUUAAGUUGUACAAUAGCACUUGGUCGCUCCAGCCUUGAUCCAAACCUUGACAUAUACAGUGCUUGCGUGAAAACCAUGAAAAUAUAUAACAGGAGCGAAGCUUAAAAUCCAUAUUGUUAUAGUAUUGAAUUUUGUAUGUUUGGUUACCAACAUACUAUGUGUACUGUACUUUUUUUUUAUGUUGAUGAACUAUUGUAUAAAAAAUCUGAUCUUGGCACUAAUAUAUAAAGUAAUUUGAAAAUAUAUCUUUCAUAUUAACUAGUUGUAAAUUGAUGUUAUUUAGACUUCUAUUACAUUACUGCAUUUUGUGCUAAGGUAUCAGAUUUGUAACAGGUUUUGAUUGUUUUGGAGUGUUUUUAACUCAACUGUAUAACCAUGUUAGAGUUUGUUGAACUACAUAUUUACAUUACAAUAUCCAAAUUUAUAUGACUAAAUACAUAUUGUAUAUUUCAACUAAUGUGCUAAUAAUUGAGAUGUUUUAACAGACAUUAAUAAUAGGUAGGUGAUGUUUACUCAACAGUUUAACUGAGACUGUCAAGUCUUCAGUGUGGGUAUCUCAGUCUCACAUAUUUCAGCCGCCAAGCAGGUUCGUGAGCUGUGUUUCAGUUGUAAAGUGAUAUAAGGAAAUGGAAUUACAGGUACAUCUUAGUGUUGCAAAAUGGCAAUACAUGAA